GAUCAGAGAAAUCUUAUGGAUCUGGGGAUUUCUGAGAUAGAAAGGAACAGGAGGCUGGAAAGUCUAAUUGCAAAACGAAGAGCAAAAAAGCUACGCAGAAUGCAGGUUGAGAGAGGUUCGAUUGACUUAGACAGUAAUAUUCCUCCAAGUCAAGUUGCCCCAAUUUUUGUUGCAAGAAACAACCCUAUUGGUGUCCCAAACAUUCUAGAUGAAAUUGAACGCUUAGAAAUGCCUGAUUCAGCCCCUUCAAUUUUGUUACCAACAAGAAACCCAUUUGACAUUCCCUAUGACCCCCUUGAAGAAAAGCCCAAUCUCAUGGGAGACAGUUUUGAUCAAGAAUUCAUGUCAGCUCAUAAAGAUAUGUUAUACUGCAGGCAUGAAAGCUUCAGUCUGGGGCCUUCUUUACCAAUGGAAACCAAGCAAGAUCGACGAGACACAAAGUUCGUCCCCCUUUUUGUUACAGAGAAGGGGGCCCUGGAGGGACCAGGAUACUCGAGAUUCAAAAGGCACUCAAAUUUUGGAGAUCAUGAUAAGCUAAUUGAACAGCUAUUAAAUAAAGAAGGUGGCCGCCGCAUUUCCCGUGUUGAUAGCAUUUGUGAUCUUGUUGAAGCUGGAACCCUAGCUCACAAUCAGGUAAUAAACUCGGUGGGAAUCGAACAUGAAGAGGAAAUACUUACUAAAAAUAGCAUGAUUGACAUCAAAGGAGAGAAGGAGAUGGAAACAUCUCAUGGCAUGGAGUCAAUCUUAAGUAACAAACGUGAAGUUGACAUGGAGACGGAUUUAAUUGAAGAUAGCAGUGAUGAGUCAAACUCAUUUUCUUCAGAUGAAGAACAUGAACACAUAAUGAAUGCUUACAGAGCUGAAGUUUCAGAAAAUGUAGAAUCAAAUCCUGCUGAAAUGUCCAUAAGGAGUUCAAUAGCUGAGCCUGCAAGUGAACCUUCAUAUGAUUCUAGUCCAUCAGCAGAUGACAAAAACAGGAGAGAAGACUGUAAUUUUUUUACAGGUAAGGGAUUUAGUCAUACUCAGGCCAAUUCCAUAGCUUCUGACAUGGAGGUGGAGGUCUCAGAAGUUGGUUCGUCUCCACGGACAGUUGACGGAACAAUUUCACUUAUUGAUGGAGAAUCCAUGACAUUUGAUGAGGAAACUGAAGGUAGUGAAGAAAUAAUGUGGGCAGGAGCCUCAUCCCACCAAUCUGGAGUAGAAGAAGAUGAAUCGAGAUCAAGAGGAAUAUAUGCAGUCAGUCAGGAGGAUAUUGUAGAAGUAGGAUUGUCAGAAGUCGACAAUAAUUCUAAGGAUGUUGUGUCAUCCAAACAUCCACAACAGAUAGAUCAAGAAUCAACUGACACCAGUUCAUUGUCAUCUUCAACAGUUGACAUAUCUGGAGAGAGUCAAGCUCAGUCAGUAAACAUCGAGCAUAAGAUCCAUGCUGAUGUCCAACAAGUACUGGAAAAAGUUGGGGAACCCAAAUCCAAGUCUUCUAAUUCUUCAAAUCCGUCUUCAUCUGAAAAUCUGAAAAGAGAAAUGCAUUUGAUGGAGAAUUUGGUGGCUCAUUCACUUGAUGAAGUUUAUUCUGAAAAACCAGAGGAUUUAUAUGACAUGACUAAAAAGGGGGUGAACGCUGUUUAUGAUGUUAAUCAUAUAGACAUGGAAGAAUUGAAGAUGAAUGAAAGCACAGAUGGUGGAUGGCAGCUAGUGAACAAGCAAGACACUGAAAAGCCUAUUGAGAAUCAGGCCUUAUUGGACUCUGCAAAACCAAUUGACGGGAAUAAUAACUCAAAGCCUAUUGAAGAUGUUGGAGGAAAUCAAGUAAAGCUAACCGAAGAUGAGGGCACUGUGAACAUGACAAAGCCAACUGAGGACAAAGACAACUUGAAAUCAAUUCAAGAGAGUGGAGAUGAACGAAGUGUCAUAGCAAGUGGAGCUUCUGGGGUAAACCGGAAUUCUAAUGAUCCCAUUGCAUCGGCUGCACCACACGAGUUGGUGAUUGAAGAGGUCUCUAUCAACUCGAGUUCAUCCUCAUCUUCGAAGUCUGUAUUAGCAGAAAAGAUCCCAAUUGAUCAAGCCUCCUCAUCGAAUUCAAGUCAAAAUUUGGAAAACACUGAAGAAGCUAAUGUAUUGGAUAAACAGCCACCUUUGAUUUUAACUCCGGCUGCACUUCAAAAUGCACAGCAUAUGGCGGAGGAUACAAUUGCUCACCCAACUAAAAAUCUUGAUUUUGAAAAUUUUCUGGAACCAUCUAGUCAUUCAGAGAACUUAACUGAAGAAAUCAUCAGUGUUGACAGCUUGAGAGAACACAAGGCUAAUGAGUCCAAAGACAACUUGAAACUCAUUCAAGAGAGUGUAGAUGAACAAAGUAUCAUAGCAAGUGGAGCUUCUGGGGUAAACCGGAAUUCUAAUGAUCCCAUUGCAUCAGCUUUUCCACAAGGGUUUGCGGUUGAAGAGGUCCCUAUCAACUCAAGUUUAUCCUCAUCACCAAAGUCCGUAUUAUCCGAAAAUAUCUCAAUUGAUCAAGCCUCCUCAUCAAAUUCAAGUCACAAUUUGGAAAACAAUGCAAAAACUGAUACAUUGGAGGAACAAAUACUUCUGAAUUUAACUCUGACUGCAACUCAAAAUGCACGACAUGUGGUGGCGGAUACAAAUGCUCACCCAACUAAAAAUCAUGGUUCUGAAAAUUUGCUGGAACCAUCUAGUCCUUCAGAGAAGUCUGCUGAAGAAACCAACAGUGUUGACAGCUUGAGAGACCCCGUGGUUAAUGAGGUCAAAAGCAACCUGACAUCAUUUCAAGAAACUAUUGAUGAACAAAAUAUCAUGGCAAGUGGAGCUUCUGGAGUAAACCAAAAUUCUGAUGAUCACAUUGCAUCAGCUUCAUCGCAAGAGUUGGUGAUUGAAGAGGUACCUAUCAACUCAAGUUCAUCCUCAUCACCAAAGUCCAUAUUACCAGAAAAGAUCCCAAUUGAUCAAGCCUCCUCAUCGAAUUCAAGUCAAAAUUUGGAAAACACUGUAAAAACUGAUACAUUGAAUGAACAAUCACUUCUGAAUUUAACAGUACUGUCUGCACUUCAAAAUGCCCAACAUAUUGUGGAGGAUACACAUGCUCACCCAACUAGCGAUCAUGGUUUUGAAAAUUUGCUGGAACCAUCUAGUCCUUCAGAGAAGUCAGCUGAAGAAACCAACAGUGUUGACAGCUUGAGAGAACCCGUGGUUAAUGAGGUCAAAAGCAACUUGAAAUCAAUUCAAGAAAGUGUUGGUGAACAAAGUAUCAUGGCAAGGGAAGCUUCUGGAGUAAACCAAAAUUCUGAUGAUUACAUUGCAUCAGCUUCGUCGCAAGAGUUGGUGAUUGAAGAGGUCCCUAUCAACUCCAGUUCAUCCUCGUCACCAAAGUCCGAAUUACCAGAAAAGAUCCCAAUUGAUCAAGCCUUCUCAUCGAAUUCAAGUCAAAAUUUGGAAAACACUGCAAAAACAGAUACGUUGGAUGAACAACUACUUUUGAAUUUUACACUGGCUGCACCUCAAAAUGCACAGCAUUUUGUGGAGGAUACACAUGCUCAACCAACGAACGAUCAUGGCUUUGAAAAUUUGCUGGAACCAUCUAUUCCUACAAAGAAGUCUACUGAAGAAACCAACACUGUUGACAACUUGAGGGAACCCAUGGUUAAUGACAAGGAAGGAAAGGAAAAUUCAAAAUCUUAUCAAGCCAUUGAAGGUGAAUCCCAAGCCAGCACUGGCCUAUCAAAACCAGUACAGGACAGCAAUAGUAUACCUGGAACCAUGGAACCGGGGAAGUUUACUACAGAAGCCAACACUGUCUAUAAUGUCAAUGAUCCAGUAGUCAGUGAUAUGGAUAUGGAGGGAUAUCUAGACGUCUCUUCAAAUAUCAAAGAUGAGGAACCAUCUAAUCAUCUUCAAGUGAAGUCUGCACCAGAAAGUUGAUUGAUUAUAAGAAUGUCACAGACCUGCCAAAUCAGAAGUAAUGGAAAAUUUCCAGGGUGAAUCUGAAGACUUGGUUAGAGAAGAUAUAUAACCAGAAGGAUGAAUUGGCACUGAGGAGUCGCCAAAACCAAACAGCAUGCAUCCAAAGUGAGAGUUCCUGACACACAGGCAAAUGAUGGCCAUGCAGAGGCUAAUAUAUGUAUGUAUGCGUGCAUGUAUGUAUGUAUAGGAAGGUAGGUUGUAGAAGCUGGAUUAAUGCCUUCUAUGUUUGGUCCAGCUAUAGCUUGAUCAUGCCCAAUUGAAAAAGACUAGUUUUGAGCUGUAAAUGCACUAAUCUAUUUGAAUUUAU